UCCAGAGCCAGUAUAAAUGGGGGCAGGUGAGACACCUUCCCCAAACUGCAGCCCUGCACUGGAGGAAUCGCCCUCAGCUCUGCCCAGCCCUGCAGCUGACAGCAAGACUGCUAUCCAGCUCCUAGAAGAAGAAAUUCRAACUACUGACAUCCUACUGAGAUGGGRAAAAUCAUCAUUUAUGAGCAUGCCAACUUCCAGGGUUUGUCCAAAGAAUUCACCACUAACAUUUCCAAUCUAAAAGAUGUAGAUUGGAAUGACAUUGUGUCCUCAGUGAAAGUAAUUGGGCAGCCCUGGGUGGCUUAUGAGCACAUAAAUUAUGGAGGCCGAUUUCUGGUAUUUGAGGAGGGUGAACAUAACUUUGUUGGUAAAGAUAUGAAUGAUAAAAUCAGCUCUCUGCAGCUGAUCACUGAAAAUCUGCACAAUCCCCAGAUCACUCUCUAUGAACAUAUUAAUUAUCAAGGGAAGGCCCGAGUAAUAAAAGAAGCAACCAACCUGGGUGCAGGUCAUGACAAUGACAUCAUGUCCUCUCACAAAGUCCAGAGAGGUGCCUGGCUGCUGUGUGAGCACAGYGAUGGARGUGGAAUUCAGUACAUUGCACGAGAACAUGAAMACCUKCCAAAUUACAAGGCAAUCAASUUCAACGACAAGCUCUCMUUCCUGCGUCCCCUUCGCCCUGGCUGUGGSUGCUAGAAUGCAAAUCUGCUGAGGAAAGAUGCAACUCCAGCAAGAAAUUUGAGACCUUGAUCUCUGCCUCUGUUCGUGCUGCCUCCUCACCAGUGUCAAG